AUGGCCGCCGCGACCGAGAAACGCAAUUUCUCCUCCCUCUCAUUCUCCAAGAAGCACAUCAAUGGCGAGCCGGCGUCGGGCACACAUACCCCCACCACGACCAAGCUGAAGAACUUUUUCCGUAUAAACAGUGGUGGGAGCCAGACCUCGAUAGGUUCAGAUGGCCUGCCCACUCCAAAGACCGAGUCGAAACCUGUCAGACAGUCUAGAUUUCUACCUGGGUUGACCAGAAAUAGGUCUACCACGGUGGCAAGUGAAGGGCACCCUCUUGACGAUGCUAUUGCGUCUCCUACAGCCCAGGCCAAUCCUUACUUUGUUCACCAAGGUCCUCCGGCUUUGCGACAUCACAAUGAGGGCAGUGUGCCCCCAUCCCCUCCCGAUACCCCCAAAGUUCAGGUCAAUGGCACGGCGGUGGAGGAGAAGCCGGUCACCGCAGGCAAGGAGGAGCUGGCGCGCAAACUAAGGAGAGUCGCUUCCGCCCCAAAUACUCAGGGUUUCUUCAAGGGGAACAAGAGUCCAUCGGAUAGGCCCUCAACCGCAGAACUGGGAAAGGAGCCGCUCGCCGUGGUCAGUGGCACAUCGCCCGAGUUGGGUAUGGUCCCUCAGGACAAUUCCAGCACCCAGGACUUGCCGGGCAAAGGGAAAAUCCCCUUGCCCGGGCAAAUUCGGCAGGCGGUCGCAUUCCGCCGGACCUACAGUUCCAAUUCCAUAAAAGUGCGCAACGUUGAGGUUGGCCCACAGAGUUUUGACAAAAUCAAGUUGAUUGGCAAAGGCGACGUUGGAAAGGUCUACCUCGUCCGGGAGAAGAAGUCCAACCGGCUCUAUGCCAUGAAAGCAGUCCUCAGCAAGAAGGAAAUGAUCAAGCGGAACAAGAUCAAGAGAGCGCUGGCCGAACAAGAGAUCUUGGCAACCAGCAACCAUCCCUUCAUUGUUACUUUGUACCACUCUUUCCAGUCCGAAGACCAUCUCUACCUUUGUAUGGAGUAUUGCAGCGGUGGUGAGUUCUUUAGAGCAUUGCAGACUCGCCCCAAUAAAUGUGUCGGGGAAGAAGAUGCUCGAUUCUACGCGGCAGAAGUCACAGCGGCGCUGGAAUAUCUGCACCUAAUGGGCUUCAUCUACCGCGAUUUGAAGCCAGAAAACAUCCUACUUCACCAAUCCGGACACAUUAUGUUAUCGGACUUCGAUUUGUCCAAGCAGUCUGAUUCUGGAGGAGCUCCUACCAUGAUUCUGGGUACCCGCAACGCGGCAAACCCAACCGGCUAUCCUCUGGUUGACACGAAGUCCUGCAUCGCCGACUUCCGCACCAAUUCCUUUGUCGGCACGGAAGAGUACAUUGCUCCCGAAGUAAUUAAAGGCAACGGGCACACGAGCGCUGUCGAUUGGUGGACUCUGGGCAUUUUGAUUUAUGAAAUGCUUUUCGGAACAACGCCUUUCAAGGGCAAGAAUCGAAAUGCGACCUUUGCCAACAUCCUCCGAGACGAAGUGCCUUUCCCAGACCACUCGCACGCCACGCAGGUCAGCAACCUUUGCAAGUCACUCAUUCGGAAGCUCCUCAUCAAAGAUGAGGUGAAACGCCUAGGCUCUCGUGCAGGAGCAUCGGAUGUCAAGAAUCAUCCUUUUUUCCGACCGAUCACGUGGGCCCUCCUUCGACACAUGAAGCCUCCCAUGAUCCCCCACCAAGGUCGCGCACUCGACACAGUGAACUUCAGGACGGUCAAGGACAGUGGCAGCGUCGACAUUGGCGGCCCAGCCAGUCGUCUGAAGGGUGUGCCGUUGGAUUCGGGUAUGGCGACACCGGGAGCAGAGAUCGCCGACCCGUUCCUCGAAUUCAACAGCGUGACGCUGCACCAUGAUGAUGACGAUGUGGUUAUGAUGCAAGAUGGCGGGGGACAUGCACAAAAUGGGCGGUGA